GCUCUUUCCCUUUCUGCUUUUGUGCCAGGGGUUGAGGCUGUGGUUUGGAUUAACGGCUGCUCCGCCAACGCAGUUUGUCCACUCUACUAUAAGAAGAGACAAAUCCUUCCUGCAUUAAUUUUUGACAUGAAAAAAGGGAUUCCCACUGAAUCAGGGGCACUCAUGGUUAAAAAUGCCAUACAUGAUCCAUUGAAGGAGGAGAACAGAGCCUCUCUGAUCCCCAUAGAAAAAGCCAACAGUCGUUUCCUUUUUGUGGCCUCAGAGGACGACCUCAGCUGGGACAGCAAGGCCUACAUGGAGCAGAUGGUGGAGAGACUGAAGCAUCAUGGGAAGAACAACUUUGAGACUCUGAGUUACCCUGGAGCUGGGCACCUUUUAGAUGCCCCUUAUGGACCGUUCUGUCCCUCCGGUGUUCAUCCAGUAAUGCCCAAACCAGCCCUGUGGGGGGGUGAGCCUCGAGCUCACGCUGCAGCUGAAGUCCACCUGUGGAAGAAGAUCCAAGAGUUUUUCAAAACUCACCUGAGCUGUGAUGAUGUUCAGAAUAAACCCAAGUUAUAGAUUCAAACAGGAUGAUAUGUAACAGUAGAAUAGAGAAACUGACUGAAUGUUUAUGUAAUGUUGUUUUUUUGACAUAAAUGCAUUUUACA